GCCUCGUGUUUGCUUCCCCUUCCGCGUCGCUCGCAGUGAGGGCUGGCUUCUGCCCAAAUCUUGACAUAGUCCAGAGCAUCGCGUCCAGUGCAUCGCUUUCUCGUCUGUGGAGCACCAACGCGCGCCGAUUUCUGCUAGACACUGCUUGUCUGAUAGACUGGUGCACUGUCCGGGUCUUUUUGAUUAUAGAUUCUUUCCUCGCCACGUCGACAUCAGCCAUGGAUUCGGUCUCUGCUUCUGCCGAGUCACAAAAACGCAAACGCGGUAGACCUCCUUUGAACAGGCCUUCCGCUGAAGCCUCGCCGUCGGCCGAGCAGGCUACGCCUGCUGACACAGCUGAACAGGCGCAUGGGGACGAGGCAGAAGAAGUUGAGGCGAAAGUGGACAACAAUGUUGCAGAUGACGACGACGACGAUGAGGACGAGGACGACAACUCUGACGACGAGGCAGCCCACGAGAACGAGGACGCGGCUUCCGCAGCCGCGCGGCGACAUUCGGAUCGGAUAUCAAGGAAGAAGUUUGAUGAAGCAUCUACCGCCGAGGCGACUGCUGCGUCCGCGACCGGCGAUGGAGCCGCUGCUGGUGACGACAAGAGAAUCAAACGUGGACGACCUCCGACAGUGGAUAAGCCACACGAGAGCAGAAUCAAGACUAUUAUGAGAUUGCUCAGAAAGGCAAAACUUGGUGAUCGACUUCUCUAUCUGCCCUUUGAUAGAUUGCCCGAUAACAAGCAGUAUCCCGAGUACUAUCGCGAGAUUGCAGAUCCAAUUGCGCUGGAUAUAAUCAGACGAAAUAUCAAACGCAGAGACUAUCCCACGGUCGAGGCGUUCAUGGCCGACCUCGAGCUGAUGUUCAACAACGCAAAGCAAUUCAACGCGCCAAACUCACAAAUCUAUCGCGACACUGUCGCCUUACACAAGCUAGUCCUCAACAUCGCCGCCGAGGAGAUGAAAAAGCCCGACAGCGCGUACCAAGACCCUGAGAUAUCAGUGAAGAACGCGCGGAUCCCGGUCGAUAGCAUCGAGUAUCGCGGCGAUGUAUACCGCGUCGGAGACUGGGUGCACUUGAGCAAUCUGAACGAUCCCUCACGUCCGACGAUCGGCCAGAUUUUCAGAACCUGGCAAACGGCUGAUGGUCGCAAGUGGAUCAACGUGUGCUGGUACUACCGCCCAGAGCAGACCGUGCAUCGGUUUGACAAACUUUUCUACGAGAACGAGGUCGUCAAGUCUGGACAGUACCGAGAUCACCUGAUUGACGAGGUCAUCGACAAAUGCUUUGUCAUGUUCUCCACCAAAUACCAACGAGGACGGCCUAGUGGAAUCAGAGACCGGAUAAUCUACUGCUGCGAGAGUCGCUAUAACGAGAACGAAAAGACGUUCAAUAAGAUCCGGUCAUGGAAGGCCUGUAUUCCCGAUGAAAUCCGUGGGGUCGAGUACGAAAUGGAUCUAUUCGAUGCCCCGCGCGCUCUAAGGAGGGUACCGUCUCCUAUCAAACAUCUCCUUCCCCCGGACGCUAAAGAUGACGAUCCAAUUCCCGAACCAAAGAUGGGCGUUGAAAAUGCGCCGCCAAUUAUCGGAGCAGUAUACAAACGUCCUCCCGAUCCAAGCAUGCGAGAACCUUCUCCGACGCCGGAUCCGCCCACGCCCGCUCCUCCGGCUACUACCCACUCUUCAGCCACGAACUCGCCUCACAUCCGCAACAUGUCGCUACCCCCGCGCCAGUCAGUCGAGCGCGCGAUGAGCUCUGUAAACAAGACUCUUUCGCGUCCGGAUUACGCUAGAUUCAACUCGGGCGUGUCCUCCGGACCGGGAACGCCGACCCCGCCGGGUAUAAACUACAACGGCAUGUACCAACAACCAGGCAUGCCGCCGCAAUACAACCGCUCUCUACCCCAGGUUUACAACCCGCCUCCUCCUCCGUCAACAUUCACACUGCCAGACUACAUCACCGAUCGCAUCCCUCCCGACACUGCCGACCUCUACCAGAAGGACGAAAACGGGAAACUGCUCUGGUUCAGCGUGCCGCCUGUCGACUGCAUGAAAGUCUACGAGCUGCCGGACGCGAACGGGAAGGGAAUCAUCGGCCACUCGGUCGAGUUUCUGGCGAAGCGGAAGGAGAUUGCGGAGAAACGCAAGCGGCGGGAAGAGGAGCGGGCGGCGCUGUUUGGAAAGAAAGCAAGGACGUGACGAACGAGCUGUAUUUGUAUAACGUAUGUAGAGUAUUUUUUUGAUAAAUGAGAGAGAUGCUAGAGAGCAAUCACAGGUGGAAACGCGAGAAAGGGUGGAGAGCAGGGGAGCGCUGAGUCGACUGGACGACGCUGUAGCAAGUGUAAGAGGACGGGAUAUAAUGCACGCACCUGUAAAGAAGAUGCAGAAUGUCCACCCUAUAAUAUUUUUAAUAGUUCGAAUGAUUUAACUUGUUGUAGUUGCGUUAUCCUCAUUUUUAUAAUAGAUAUGGUUGAAAGCGC